UUUUUUUUUUUUUUUUGAAGAAAAGCAUUCUUAGAUUAAAAUUAAGACUUGACAGUCAUUACAAAAUAAUUGUUUAAGAAUAGAGGACACCAAAAUACAACCAUGCAGUUGAUAAAUAAUACAUCGUUUGGUCAUCUCUUUAUGAGAUUUAUAUGGCUUUAUUUUUGCUAAAUUUGUUGUGAAAUAAAUUAAUUUCUAUUUAUCCUAUCGAUAAAUAAGAAAUAUAUGAACUUAAUAUUUUCAUCUUAUUAAAAAAAGAGAGAGAGAGAGAGAAUGAAGAAAAUUUUGGGUAAAAACAACCUAUUCAUACUUGUUUUAAUUUUUGUUUAGAAAGAUUGUCGUUGGUGAUUGGAGUAGACAGAGAUUGAUGUCGUUUUGACUAAGAAAGAGGAAGCCCUAACAGACUAAAAGAUCCUCUUUCCCUAAAACCCUAACCCCCAAAUCCUCCAUUUUUCUUUCUCCACCUCCCCAAUUCACUCUCUCUCUUCUCUUUCCAAUUCGUAGCAGAGUGUGUCUGAAGCUCAUUCAUGGCAGAAACAAAGAGCCACGAAGAGUCAGCAUUGCACGCCAAACGCAAACCCGAUGUCUCUAUAGAUGAACCCCUCGACUGCCCCAAGAAGAAUCCAAAGAUCGAGUCUUUAGAUAAAGAAAAUCAAGCCCCACUGGAUAAUUUGGACUCGGUUAAAGAAGCUGAAGCUGGGUCUGAAGAAGACGAGGGAGAUUACGGAUCCGAUGACGAAGACGGUGAAGACUCGAAUGGAGAGGAAGAGGAAGAGGUAGACCACAAGGGGAAAGGGAUUACGAGGGAAGAUAAAGGCAAAGGAAAAUUGAUUGUUGAAGAAGAAGAUGAGGAUGACGAUGACGAUGAUGAUGAUUCGAGUAAUGGCGGAGGAAGUGAAUUGGAAGAUGGGGAUAGUGAUUUGUCAGAUGACCCACUUGCCGAAGUUGAUUUAGAUAACAUUCUUCCGUCGAGGACUCGGCGGAGGCAGGUUCAGCCUGGGGUUUACAUUGCCAAUGAUAAGGCAAACGCUGAAGAAGAUGAUAGUGAUGAUAGUGAUGCUUGAGUUGAGAUGAGAUGAGUUGAAGAAGGUUAGUCAAAUUAAGCAAAAAUUUGAUACAAUUCACUACUAAUGCAAUGUUAGUGAGGUUUCUACUUUGUUUGAGGCUUGAGUUGAAAUUAUGCCUUAAAUAUCAAUCGGGUGGCUAUGUUUGUCAGAACAGAAGAACUUCAUAUUAUUAAGUCUUGAUAUAUUAUUCUUGACUUCAAUUCCUCAAGAAAGAUCAUGCCUUUUCUUAAAUCUUUAGCUCUUUUAUAUGACAAAAUGCUUUGUGAAUUAAAGAAAUUGCCUUGAAAUGUGAAGCCCAUUAGCUAUUAUUGAAAACUCUAUGCAUACAAAUGCUGAACAUGAAACUUAUAACAAUGGAUGACACAAGUUAGUUACUUUAUCAAAGUUGAAAAUUUUUCAUAAAUCCAAGCGAUUAGACGGCAAUAUGUGUAAUUUAUGUUGGUAAUAUACACUAUAGAGAAAUGUACCUUA